AUGACCUUCCAACGAGGGGUGGUUUCUGCGCUGCUAAUUGCAGCAGUUGUCAGCUGGCUCUUCAGAUCGCGCUUCAGACCUGAGAAUCUGCAGCCCGAUCUCAAGGGGAAGGUGGCUGUGGUGACUGGAGGCAGCAGAGGAAUUGGUAAAGGAAUUGCCGUCGCAUUGGGAGAGGCUGGAGCAACGGUGUACAUCACAGGUAGGAGCUUGAAAAAGAGCAGCCCGCCUGACACCAACAAGACGGAUACGGAAGGAUCCUUGGAAGAGACCUGCAAACUGGUGACUGAGGCGGGUGGUGAAUGCAUUCCUUUGGCUGUGGAUAACACGGAUGACCGGAAGGUGCAGGGCUUUCUGAAUGAGAUUACCAAAAAGCACGGCCACAUUUCCGUGCUGGUGAAUAAUGCCUUCAGCGGCGUCAGCUACAUGGAGAAGCAUGUCGGGGAGCCAUUCUGGCAAAAAGGCAGUGGGAGAGUGGCUGACAUCACGGGGUCUUGGGUCCAGAGUGGUCCAUGCACAGCUGAGCUCUAG